AUGUCUGUAUGUAUUGCCAAAGGUCAACUGUUGAUUGUUGACCUUCGGCCGGCCAGACUGGGCAUCAUGCGGCUGCCCGGCUCCCCCGCAUUCGCUGAGGACCAGGACCUGGCUCAGGAGCUGCUGGACUACCACACGGAGAAACACGGGGGUUUCCCGCGCCCCUGCCCGCGUUGCAAGUCCCACGACUUCAUGGUGCGGCGGGUGGCGGCUACCUCCACCUCCACCUCCGCACAUGCGGCCGACCCCACUGCUGCCACCACCAAGGCUGGGGAACCCGCCGGCAGUGGCGGUGGCAGUGGCAGUGUUGGUAGUGGGGGGUUCCUCGGCGGCAGUGCUGGUGCAGUGGAGUGGCGCAGUCGACCUCUCCGUUGCGACACGUGUGGCUGCUGGGUGCACUUGGGCUGUGUGGGGGUGGAGGUGGCGGAGCAGGUGCCACCCAGACCGUGGUUCCACUGCAGGGCCUGCAGGAGCACCUAUCUGCGACUGGAGGCUGCUGCGGAGCGGAACCCGCACCCCUCCUCCGCCUCCCCCACCCACGCGCUCUACGUGCUCACUCCGUCGGACCACCAGGCGGCAAUGGCAGUAGCACUCAACCGCGGACUAACCCCCGCAGUAGCAGCAGGAGGGGGUGCAGGAGGCCGCGGUCCCGUUGGUGCGGUGCUACCGCUGCUGGCCCAGGGCUUCAAUGAGGAUGCCAUCCGCGGCUUUGGUCAGCCUGCCCGCGAGUACGAUGGCGGCAAGUACAGCGCCGUACUGUUGAACCGCGGCCAGCCCGUCGCCGCCGCCACCUUCAAUGUGUUCGGUGCUGAUGCGCAGCUGUGUCUGCUCGCCACUGCCGUACAACACCGUCUCAAAGGCAACGGCUCUGCUCUGGUGGCAGAUCUGGAGGCCCUUCUGGCGGAUGUGGGAGUGUCGCGGCUGCUGGUCCAGUCCCGCGGUGUGGCGCUCCCGCUGUGGCUGGGCCGUCUGGGCUACCGCCUGGUGCCCCCGCAGGAGGCCCUGCAGCUGCACCGCACACUGCCCAUCGCCUACUACGACUGCGCGCUCAUGCAGAAACAGCUGCGGCCCCUCUGA